GCUGGGAGUGCUCCGGCCUCCUCGUGGGCGCUCCCGGGGCUCCGCGGAAGCUGCUGCUGUCAAUAACCCGCGCCAGUGCAGCGGGGCCGGCUGUGGGUGCGCCAGGAGCGGUCUGUUCUUCCGAGCGGUUAUCGACAAAGAAUCCCUCCCUGGCUUUGCUGUAGGACCACUACAGAUACUGGAAGAAUAUAUGAACAGUGAGUGGAAGGGCUUGAAUUAAAGUCCAGGUUUCUGUGUGUCUUGAGCGAAAGCUGCAGCAGCGAUGGACACGGAGGGCUUUGGAGAGCUGCUGCAGCAGGCAGAGCAGCUGGCAGCGGAGACAGAAGGGAUCUCGGAGCUGCCGCACGUGGAGCGCAACCUGCAGGAGAUCCAGCAGGCGGGGGAGCGGCUGCGCUCGCGCACCCUGACCCGCACCUCGCAGGAGACUGCGGAUGUGAAGGCGUCGGUUCUUCUUGGGUCUAAAGGCCUUGAUAUAUCCCACAUUUCUCAGAGGCUUGAGAGUCUAAGUGCAGCCACUACAUUUGAGCCUCUUGAACCUGUGAAGGACACUGACAUCCAGGGAUUCCUGAAGAAUGAAAAAGAUAAUGCAUUGCUGUCUGCAAUUGAAGAGUCCAGGAGGAGGACUUUUGCCAUGGCUGAGGAGUAUCACCGAGAAUCAAUGCUGGUUGAAUGGGAACAGGUGAAACAAAGGAUUCUUCAUUCUCUGCUUGCAUCAGGGGAAGAUGCUCUUGAUUUCACCCAGGAAAAUGAGCCCAGCUAUGUUGGUGAGGUGGGUCCUCCAGGUCGCAGCUCUUUGGACAGUGUGGAGAUGGCAUAUGCUCGUCAGAUUUAUAUUUAUAAUGAGAAGAUAGUGAAUGGACAUCUGCAGCCCAACCUGGUGGACCUUUGUGCUGCUACUGCAGGCCUGGAUGAUAAGAACAUCUCUGAGAUGUGGGCCAUGGUGAAACAAAUGACCGACGUCACCCUGGUUCCUGCCAGCGAUGCCCUGAAAGUCCGGACCAACAUGGAGGUGCGCAUGGAGUUCGUGAAGCACGCCCUGCACUACCUGGAGGAAAGUUACAAAAAUUACACUUUUGUGACAGUCUUUGGAAACUUGCACCAGGCUCAGCUGGGUGGAGUCCCGGGCACCUACCAGCUGGUGCGCAGCUUCCUGAACAUCAAGCUCCCAGCGUCUGUCCCUGGUCUGCAGGAUGGUGAGGUGGAGGGCCAUCCUGUGUGGGCACUGAUUUACUACUGCAUGCGCUGCGGAGAUCUGACUGCAGCCAUGCACGUGGUGAAACGGGCACAGCACCAGCUGGGAGAGUUCAAAACCUGGUUCCAGGAGUACAUGCACAGUAAGGACAGAAGAUUGUCUCCUGCCACAGAAAAUAAACUGCGUCUUCAUUACAGACGAGCUCUGAGAAAUAACACUGACCCCUACAAAAGGGCUGUUUAUUGUAUUAUUGGCCGUUGUGACAUUACAGACAACCAGAGUGAAGUUGCUGAUAAAACAGAAGAUUAUCUUUGGCUAAAACUGAACCAAGUGUGUUUUGAUGAUGGUGGCACGAGUGCCCCACAGGACCGGCUAACGUUAUCACAGUUCCAGAAGCAGCUGCUGGAAGACUAUGGUGAAUCACAUUUUGCAGUGAACCAGCCACCUUUCCUCUACUUCCAGGUGUUGUUCUUGACAGCACAGUUUGAAGCUGCAAUUGCUUUUCUUUUCCGGACAGAGCGCUUGCGCUGUCACGCUGUUCAUGUUGCUUUGGUCCUGUUUGAGUUAAAAUUGCUCCUGAAAGCAUCUGGGCAGAGUGCACAGCUAUUAAGCCAUGAAGCUGGUGACCCUCCUGGUGUCAGACGUUUAAAUUUUGUGCGGCUUCUGAUGCUUUACACCCGUAAGUUCGAAUCAACAGAUCCAAGGGAAGCUCUGCAGUACUUUUACUUUCUCAGGAACGAGAAGGACAGCCAAGGAGAGAACAUGUUCUUGCGUUGCGUUAGUGAAAUAGUAAUUGAAAGCAGAGAGUUUGAUAUGAUUCUUGGAAAGCUGGAAAAGGAUGGUAGUAGGAAGCCUGGAGUUAUAGACAAGUUUACAAGUGACACAAAAUCCAUUAUUAACAAAGUGGCUUCUGCAGCAGAAAAUAAAGGAUUGUUUGAAGAAGCUGCAAAACUCUAUGACCUUGCAAAGAACCCUGACAAAGUUUUAGAACUGAUGAACAAGCUCCUUAGUCCAAUUGUUCCCCAGAUCAGCACUCCCCAGUCAAACAAGGAGCGGUUGAAGAACAUGGCCCAUUCCAUUGCUGAGAGGUACAAAGCGCAGGGGAUAAGUGCAAAGAAAUCCAUUGACUCCACGUUCUACCUUCUGCUAGACUUAAUCACAUUUUUUGAUGAAUAUCACGCUGGUCAUGUUGACAGGGCCUUUGAUAUUAUUGAACGCCUGAAGCUCGUACCUCUUAGCCAGGAUUGUGUCAAGGAGAGAGUCGCUGCCUUCCGGAAUUUCAGUGAUGAAAUCAAACACAAUUUAUCUGAAGUCCUGCUUGCAACCAUGAAUAUUUUAUUCACCAAGUAUAAGAGGAUGAAAGGGACGAGCCCAACCACUCCUGCCAGACCCCAGCGGGUAAUGGAAGACAGAGAUUCGCAACUGCAGUCUCAAGCUCGGGCACUGAUAAUGUUUGCUGGGAUGAUCCCAUACAGAACAUCAGGAGACACGAAUGCAAGACUGGUGCAAAUGGAGAUCCUUAUGAAUUAGAGCAGCUUUGCCUGGGGUUGCAGCAGCCUGUGCCUGUCUUUAGUACGUUCAGAGGGCCCAUGGGACCAGUGUCAUUUUGUAUUCUGUAUUUUUGUUGACGGAAAUAAAUUUCUUUGGUUUUGA